AUGGCGACUGUCCUUCGGUCCAGCUUGCAGAGGCUGCGAAAAAGUCGCGCCACUGCUGCCUCACGAGGAUGUGCUGCCACGGCCCGCGAAAAGACCAAAAAGCCUGAAGCCAGGUCACCGUUACUCGAGUUUCAGCUCGACGCACGGGAGGUCAAGCACAUGGCGCCUCAUGUUUUGGCAUCAGCCAUCGCGAGCGCAGGCGCAGGCCGCCAUACUUCGCCAACCCUGUGGCACGCCUACGCUGCGCGGGCCUCCGAAGUUCGGAGGCGAUUGACUCUCCGCGAUCUGAGGAGGCUCUUCCAGGGCCAUGCCGCAGCUGGCAAGAAGGACAUUUCCCUGUUUCGGGAUCUUCUAGACGAUGCAUCAUGGAAAGGAGAUCCGCAAGCUUCAGCCAGAGACCUCUGCUUUGUGACGAUUGCCCUGGCUAAACUUAGGUGCAACAGCGAGAGCUUUGAGGUUGUGACCACUCACUUUGCAGAGAACAGCCUGGACGAGUUGGAGAGCAUCGAUGUUAGCAGCUUGGCGAACGCUUUUUCCAGAGUCGCCCUCACGCACAAAGUCUGCUGGGCGAAAAUUUCCGAGCGUCUUCGAGCCGACGCUUCAUCUGCGCUGCUUCCGCCUGCAGCUGCUACCAUGGCACUCAAUGCCUUUGCGGUUGUGAAGCAGUGCGACUCCGAGCUUUUCAUUUCCGUGGUGGACAGUUCCAUCAGGCCUUGCACAGCCGACUACACGAUCACACAGGCGGCCCUGCUCCUGGAUGCCGUUGCUCGGUGUACUAGCGUGACAGCACAAUUGGGGCCCGACCUCUUUCGCGGCUUCAAGCAGCUGUGGCUGUCGCAGGGGCAGCUUCAGGAGCUGGCGGGCCCAGAGGACCUAGCACACUUGGCGAGCUCUGCUGUGAAGCUUGGCAUCGUGCAGGACGAGCAGUUCAACCUAGCGUUGGCUUCUGCUGGCCUUCAGCACGUUGGCCAAUUCUCCCCGUCACAGCUGGCUUUGUUUUGCAGCAAUCUGGCCCGGCUGCCUUCAGCUGGCCGUGCUGCGUUUCUGGGUGUGGCUGCCCUCCAGGUGCAGCAGACGUUGCGCUUCGGCUCCUUCGUGGACCUGGGCCUCCUUUCGCAAGCUUUCGGCAGCAGCAGCAUCACACUCACCCGUGAGGCAUCGCAGCUGUACCUGCAAAGGCUUUCUCUUGUUUCCAAAGAGGAGCUUGCCAAUCUAGCACAAGGGCCAGGAUCCGGAUCCGAUCUGGCGAACAGCUUGGCAGCGGCACUGGAACGCAUUGCCGAAGGUUCCCUCCACAUGCUGAGUCCGGGCGUGGACGGGGAGUAUCUCCUUGCAACCCUUCGGCCGUUGACUCUGGAACUCUGUGCUCGGAGAGCUGUCCGUCCACGGACAGCCGCUGCAGUGCUGGGCCAGCAUGCCCACUUCCGCGUCCGAGACCAGGAGCUCUUCGAGGCCUUGGAAGAUGAAGAACAGGCCGACAGGGCCGACAUCGGUGCAACGCUUGCUGGAAGACUCCUGAGACCUCUGGGUGCUCUUGGACAUCCCUCAGAGCACUUCCUGCUGAGCGUCGACAAGAGCUUGUCGAUGUGGGGAAAGCGACUUCCAGCCACGAUCCAAAGCGAUUCGGGCGUCCCGAAUGUCGUUUUCGAGCCAUGGACCCGUUCAACGAGGUCGCUGCCAGCGCUGGCAGCCGACCUUUUUGCAGCAGCUUUGCUUGACUUCGCCUUUCUGUCGGAAGUGUCCGUCACAUAUCUCUUCUCUGCAGCGAAGACACAGUGUCAACUGAACGUGCCCGCGGACUCGGCACUUCGAAUGAAAUGCGCCGGCGAGAUCGCUGCUGCUUCCCAUGUCUGGCUCCAGCACGUCGCAGGCCAUCGAGAAGCCUGCUGGCUGGCGGACUGGGCAGAAGAGGUCUUCUCGACUGGCGGUCCGCAGCAUAACCUGGCUCCGCAGCCAAGUUCAGCUUUGCUCCGCUCCGUCUUCGCAGCGCUGCAGAGCGCUCAGGAGCCGGGCGAUGAGAUCCUGGUCGCGUGGCCAAUGCAUGGCUUUCGUGCAGACCUCGCGCUCCGGAGGCCGGGUGCAGGCACGAUGGCCAUCGAAGUCUGCAGCAAGGAAUGCUUUCAUGCUGGGAGCCAGCGGCUGGUCGCUCGCUGUGUGAUGAAACAUCGGGUGCUCACGGCUGCUUUUGGUGCUCCACCGGUACAGGCUGAAAGUUGUCACCGCAACUGA